CAGCGACGUCAUUUCCGCUCCUCGGGCACUGCAAGAAGCUGCUGUUUGGGGGCCAAGUGAGCUGUGAGGCCACCGGAGCUGGUCUAGUUUAGCUUUGAGGGACUCGAAGCGGACUAAAGCCCGGCUGGAUUAAUGUGGAGAGGGCGGCGCGACCUGCCAGCGGGGCCACGACAAGAACCGGCGAGCCGAGUCGAGAGUCCGGCUAACAGCUGCUGCUAGCAGGGAAGAGAAGAAGCCUCACCGUAGUUAUCACACCGCUCGUCCUGUCGGGGCUGCAGUCUUAACACAACACCUGGUGGAUGAAUGAUGUCUGCCGCUAGCAUUGACCCUCAGACAUCGAAAGGACAAGAUGCAAGCAAAGUCUUUCCAGUUUCAGUGCAGAAUGGCUCCCUCCACCAGAAGGACUCUGUGCAUGAUAAUGACUUUGAGCCGUAUCUCACUAGCCAGUCCAGUCAGAAUAACAGCUAUCAAUCCAUGACAGACCCCUACCUGUCCAGCUAUUAUGCCCCCUCUAUUGGAUUUCCUUAUACUCUCAAUGAGGCUCCUUGGUCUACAGGAGGUGACCCACCGAUUCCCUACCUAGCCCCCUAUGCCCCUCUUAGUAAUGGAGACCACCACUUCAUGCCUGACACAGUGUUUGGGCAACCUGGUGGGGUAAGCAGCAACAUUUACCCUCACAGGUUUAAUUUUUUCCCAGAGAACCCAGCGUUCUCAGCCUGGGGAACCAGUGGGUCUCAGGGCCAGCAGACUCAGAGCUCGGCUUAUGGGGGCAGCUACAACUACCCUCCUAGCUCUCUAGGGGGCACAUUAGUCCCCGAUGGUCAGACAGGUUUCCAUAGCGACACCCUGAGCAAAGCUCCAGGCAUGAACAGCCUGGAGCAGGGCAUGCUGGGUCUAAAAAUAGGGGGUGAUGUGACAGGUAGUGGCUCAGGUGUGAAGAGUUCAGGCUCUGUGAUUGGAGGUGGUGUAGCUGCAGCCGUUGCCACAGGCAACGGUGGCACGCAAGUUGGAAUGCCCCCUCAGAAGCCCGCAUCGUGGGCGGCUGUUGCCAGUAAACCUGCCAAGCAGCAGCAGCAAAAGGCAAAGAACAAGCCUGGAAUUCCUCUUGCUGGAGGAAUGCUGCCUCCACCUCCCAUCAAACACAGCAUGGACAUUGAUACUUGGGAUAACAAAGGGACCACUGCCAAGAUGGUCCCACCGCUACCCCACCACCAUCACCACCACCACCAGCAGCACCCGUCCCAUCUUCACUCCCAUACUGCCAGCCUCAUACCUCCCCUACAGCAGUCCCUGCAGUCUGUCCAGUCCCUUGUUCAGCAGAUGACCAUGCCAGCUCCUCCUCCAGGACCUCCACAGUCUUACCAGAACCACAACUCCGUUCCCACACCUCAGACCAGAUGGGUAGCACCCCGCAACCGCAAUCUGUGCUAUAGUGGGGGAAGCCUGGACAGCAGCAGCUCCUCAAACGGCGGAUGCGGUGUAGGGAACGGAGGAGUUGCUGGAUUUGUUCCUGCAGAACCAGGAUCAGAGUCCCACCCUGUUCUGGAGAAGCUGCGAGCAGCGCACAGCUACAACCCCAAGGAUUUUGACUGGAACUUAAAAAACGGCCGUGUGUUCAUCAUCAAGAGCUACUCUGAGGACGACAUCCACCGCUCCAUCAAGUACUCCAUCUGGUGCAGCACGGAGCACGGCAACAAGCGCCUGGACGCAGCCUACAGAGCCAUGAACUCCAAAGGUCCCGUCUACUUGUUGUUCAGCGUCAACGGCAGCGGUCACUUCUGCGGCGUGGCGGAGAUGCGCUCCCCUGUGGACUAUGGGACCAGCGCCGGAGUCUGGGCCCAGGACAAGUGGAAGGGCAAGUUUGACGUGAACUGGUUGUUUGUUAAGGAUGUGCCUAACAGCCAGCUGCGCCACAUCCGCCUGGAGAACAACGACAACAAGCCAGUCACCAACUCACGGGACACGCAGGAGGUUCCUCUGGAAAAGGCCAAGCAGGUGCUGAAGAUAAUCGCCCAGUACAAACACACCACCUCCAUCUUUGAUGACUUCUCCCACUACGAGAAGAAGCAGGAGGAGGAGGAUGUGGUUAAAAAGAGCUAUGAGCCCAUCUCAAUACAGAGUCGACCCAGAGUUGAUCAGGAUCGCCAGAAGUGAACAGUCCAAGCUGGCCUCUGAAAGGUCGAUCAACACCUGCGUUCAGGCGGACAUAAUGAAAUCCAAAUGAGAACACAGACGUAACAAAAAAAGAAAAAUAUAAUUGUUUUCUAUUUAUUAACAACUUUGGCCCCUGUCAAACCUUUGAGCCGCUUUGCUCUGGGUUACCUAGACUUUGUAACGCGUGCAGGGAUGAAACUAAAUUUCACCAUAUAAAGUUAUUUUAAUAACAUCAGUUAACUUUUUUAUCCUUGGAAGUUUACUCAGCUAAGUAAAAAAAAAUAUCUGCACGACUGAUGCUGAUAUUCAGUGACUGUUCACAUCGUGGUUUGUGUGUUGAAGAGAUGUUAAGUGCUCGUGUUGGUUAAUCUAAAUGAGUGGAGAACACUUUAAUGACAAAUGUCUAUCUGUUUGUGGCCACUUGUGUUUAUAUCAUCAGAAGAAGAAAAAAAUAACUUCUUAAUUUCCAUUUUCUUUAGUGGAAAGCUGAAGGUUUCUGUAUGCAUAGACAUUUAUGUUCAAGGCUGUGGAAAAUUAAAAUAUAAAUCUUACAAAUAGCUAUGAAAUAAUGAUCUGGUUUGAGGUUUAGCAUAAAUGUAUUUUUUUGGUAAUGUUUGGGGAAUAACGAGGCCUUAAAUUUCUUUUCAGCAUAGCGAAUGGGGAAAACAGUUUUCAUUUUCAGAUAUACACAUUUUCUUUUAGAUUAACCGUUCUCUUAUUUAAACGAAGAAAGUUGCAAUAUAGUUGAGAAAUUCAGUCAAAUUAAUUUUAAAAAUGUCAGUUUAGCACGCACAGUUUUUUCAAUUUAAGCCAUACUUGGUUUUCUUUCUCUUAACACCAUUUUAAUCUCAACAUUAUAGGUUUCCACUCCAUUGUCAAAAGCUUUAAGGUACCAAUGUUUCUAACAGAAAUCGCCUCCAAAUAUUAAGCUGUAGCAUUAUUGACUGAUUAAUUGUCAAGUGUAUGGAAAUCCAGAGACUAGCCUGUGUGAUAAAUGUUUGUAACUUUUUAUUUUUUGGUUUUACUUUUAUUUUUAACUGCUUGCUGUAUUGUGCGUGUAUGCAAGAGUGGCAGAAAGCAGGGAGAAUCAGAGUUAUACUGUACAAUGAUAUUGGAAUAUAGAAAAUUUAUGCAAAACUUUUACGUCACCCUUGGAUUAAAUAUCUAUUGUAUCAGAGGUCACUAUCACAUUCUUAGAUUUGAUCAUGUUCGUUAUUAAAGAUAUACUUAUAUGUU